AUGGAAGAGACGGUGCGUCGCCACGACUGGGCGCAGCGGGUGUACGGCGACGUGUUCCGACCGCCUCGGCACGGCAUGCUGCUCUCCGUGCAAAUGAACUCAGGUGUCCAGGUGCUCUCCAUGACGCUCAUCACACUCGUGCUCGCGUGCCUGGGCUUCCUGUCACCAGUCAACCGCGGCUCGCUACUAACCUGUGGCCCCGUGCUGUGCAUCUGUCUGGGUAUGCCCACCGGCUAAAUGUCCUCCUGAAUCUACACGUCGGGAAGUGGCGGCGAAAAGUGGGGUCUCGACGUGCUGCUGACGUUGACGCUGUGCCUGGACCCCCGCCUGCCGCCCGUCCGCACGAUCGUGUUCAGCAUCACCCUGCUGCCGAACUGCGUGCCGUGGGUGCACGACUCGUCGGCAGCGCUGCCAUUCCUCACCACACUGACGCUGAUCGGGCUCUGGUUUGGCGUGUCCGUGCCGCUCACUUUCGUUGACACCUACGUCGCCUUCAAGAAGCCCGUACUGGAGCACCCGUGCAUGCUGUGGUCGGUGAAGGUGUCGAGCACCUUUCCGCACGUGCGCCCGCUCCAGGAGGCCAUCGUGGACAAGCGUAUGCAGGUCGCCAUCACUGAUCCGUCGGAGAACUGCGGUGUGGCACACCCAAUUGUGCGCCGCGGACAUCGGCCGGACGAGAGUCUGGAGAGCCUGGCGGACAGCCGCACCCGGCUCGCCGAUUCCAGUAUUUUACAUUUGCCAUGA